CAACAAUGUACGGAACGGUAAACCGAUAGGAGGACUCGACCCGCAGUUAAUUGUACUUAAGCCGGAAAAGUGUCCUAUGCUAGGAAUAUCAACAUUUAGGGAAAACGAUAUCAUCACAUUCACAUGGUCUGUCAAAUAUGCUGGAAACAAAAAUGAUUCCCAGAAACCGGCUAUUACAUGGUCAUUAAGUAGAAUCCAACAGCAUGUAACAGAAGACGAGACAGCAGAAGGAGUCUUCAAAUCUACAAUUAAUAUGGCGGCAGAUAGUCAUGAUGACCAGAAGGAACUCAGCUGUUAUUUUAGUGUACUGAAUAUCCAAGAGUUUUGUUCCACUCGGCUCGAUAUACAAUAUCAGGCUCAGAAGCCUACACUCUUCAUAAACGGAGACAAAAUCAUUAAAAAUCAUGAAAUUCUACAAGAAGGGAUGGCUGCCAGUUUUACAGCGGUAUCACGAGGUAACCCCCAACCAUCGUACACAUGGCAAUUUAAAGCAACGAGUGAUGUAAACUUCAGUUAUGGUGAAACGGGCCACACAAAACAAAUCAAAUGGAUAGGAAUUGGCGAUGCUGGAGUGUACAGAUGCUGCGCAAAGAAUAGCUUCAACAGCCAUAGAAAAUGCAGUGAAAUAACAAUUAGUGUUAGAGGUAUUGAUCAAGUGGCACAACGGUACGA